UGUCCCCAUGUUUCUUAUCAUACUUUCACAGGUUGAGAUCCAGGAAGUUGUGUGCCGUGGCAGCGGGUUGCUGUGCUGAAACUUGCUGUUCGGGGUCGUUCGGUGAGAGCGAAGGAGGUUUCAGAAGCCGAUAGCACUUGAGCUGUUUCUUUGCGAGCUUGCGAAACGAGCGAACGAAUGCAGUGCAGUCGACUCAGUCGACCUGGAACUACCUCAGAGUCUCUCCAGUCGUAGCUGCGUAGCUGUUUGGGUCAUGGUUACGGACGAAGUCGGUCGAAGUCAGGUCGUCAGGUCCAGUAGCUUUGUUUAGGGGCUUUGAUGGGCUUGGUCGGCGUGGCAGCUGGACUUUUGGGAAGAAAUUGGAAGAGGACUGUGGGCACUCAACAGGAACAAAGGUUCUGUGGAUGAGCCUUUGUAACGUUCAAUCACAUACGCCUCAGUGGUUAAUCAAGUCUUUUGGCUUUCGCAUGCUUUCGCCAGCUGGUCAGAAUCCAGCUCGUCAGGUGAAGUUUCCUGGUUUUGCCGAAGGGGAUUGUUAGUUCUCCCUGUGGGUAAGUCCCCUUCUGGGGAAUGUGUUUGUUAUUGUUUGUUUGUUAUGUUUGUUGUGUGUUUACCUUUUUCCAGGCUCCUUAUGUGGGUUUGGUGAGGCUUUUGCGGUUGCGGAAUCUCUACAACAUCGAACGCAAGAAGAACUUGACUCCAACUUCUGUGCGACGUGCCAUUUUGUCGGGCCAUUGCUCUGGGUCGCUCAGGUUUCGGCUGCGCACCAAGCAGCUCCAGGUGAUCCAGAAGUCCAACGACAUCGUGGCCAAGACCAUCUCGGGCAUCCUCCCCAUGCGAGAGGACUCCGGGAUCUCCAGUGGCUCUCCAGCGAUCUUCGCCCAUGCGCAGCCGGUGUUCCAGAGCGACGCGGAAGUGGAGGCGGCAUAUCGAGACGCCUUCGGACCGGCGACUGCGCCUGGACAGGAGACCGACUACGAGAGUGCCGAGGAGUUUCCUGGCUGGGGCAACCGUCCAGGGGCCAAGGCGGCGGAGGCUUUGGCAUUGGCCAGCUACAACUGAGCAAGAUGUUAAUGUCUCUUUUCAAAGAAGAGGGCAUAGAAAACGAUUUAAGCGUGACAAUACCAUGGCAGGAGGUGAGCAAGUACCAAAACCAUUUAUGUUUGGA